AUGAGCGAAUAUCAACCCUCCGCCUUGCUCGCGAUGCCAACAGAGCUCCGUCUGGAUGUCUACCGAUACCUGUUCGAGGACUGCCUAGCCGACGGUGAGGUUUCCGAUGUCGCCGGGCUCUUCCUUUGCUGCCGUGAAAUUCAGCAAGAGCUGGAGGCGGAGCUCAUGGCGAGAGUACGACCGCUGCUGACAGCCAAGUACGAGUGGGAGUCGACUAGCUUCAGGAACGGCAUUAUCAGCUUCAAGUUGCAUCGGGGUCUCAAUGUCAAGGCCGAGAAGGUGGCGCUUUCUGUGGACCUUCCUUUGGGAAAACAUGGCCUACGUUCCAUCACGAGUGAUUAUGAGGAAGCUAAGGACGCAUUGCGAGUAGCCCUUCGUGCAUUAAAGCCCGUCUUGACGUUGCCUUGGUCAGUCUUCACAUUAAGCCUUGGUCGUCAUGCUCAGCUGGAGGAGCUUGACAUGCGUGAUGUAGAUGGUCUAUUCGAUCGAUUCUUUAGAGGCCUACACCCAGGCUCUUCUACGUUUCGCACUCUUAAACACAUAGAUCGGCUUGUGUUGAGCUACGGGCACUCACGAUCGCCUGCGUGUGCGAGUACUUCGAUCUUGAGAACACUUUCCGAUACUUCGGAUCGGCUCGGAUUUUGUUUGAAAGGACGCUUUUCGCGAUCAUAUACCAAUGCCUGGGUCUCGAGACUUUCUACCGGCAAGGACAAGGUAUGGCGUUUGACUGUAGACUUCGAGCACGGUAUGCGUGCUGUUGAUGGAGUGUUGUUCGAGGUGGGACACCCUGGUGGUAUUCGAAUUCGAACCCCAUAG